UCUUCAGGACCUUAUCCGAAAGGAACGCUAGGAUUCCACUCUGUUUGCAUACACGUCACCAGGAAGUUUCUUGUAGGCCUACUACUGAGAGAAAUGUUGAGACAGGAUUCUGUAGAGGGCGACGUGCCCCUUUUUCACGAGGAUGAACACGAAGUCAGGGAGAGGAAAUCGAAAAUAAAGCACCCCCUGGCAUCCUUUUUUCACCUUUUCUUCCGAACUAUGGCCAUCUUGAGUUACCUCCUUUGUGAGCUCUUCAGUGGCAGCUUCAUAGUGAGCAUGGUAGCCAUCAUCCUAUUGCUGUCAUGCGACUUCUGGACCGUCAAGAAUGUGACGGGCCGGUUGUUGGUGGGCCUGAGAUGGUGGAACCAGGUAGACGAAGACGGCCAGAGCCACUGGGUGUUUGAAGCCAGAAAGGAAACCAGCAGAAAAACUGUUUCAAAUUCUGAAUCAAGGAUAUUCUGGUUGGGUCUAAUUGUGUGUCCAAUCUUCUGGGUAAUUUUUGUGUUCAGCACUGUCUUCUCGUUCAGGAUUAAGUGGUUGGGAGUAGUCAUCAUGGGUGUAACUUUACAAUGGGCCAACUUAUAUGGCUAUGUGCGUUGUAAAGUGGGUGGGGGCACCAAUCUGAGGACUAUGGCCACAAAUUAUCUGGGCCUUCAACUCUUCAAACAGACACUGAAUAAAACAGAGGAACCAUAGAUUGCCAUGUACUGGAAUGCCUCAUGAAGGCUGGGGUGGAACUUUGCACAUGUACUUUGAGGGAUCUAUUAUUCUAUUGUGGCAUUACAGUGGACAGAGGGCUCUUUGCUCUUUGUUUGAUACUUGUUUGUUGAUGUUAUCGGUUACUUUAGAUGGCAAAAUAAAUAGAAAUAUGUGU